AUGUUAAGAUCAUCUACUAGCUCUUUGGUGAGAUCCACUACCAGCAACAUCUUAAAAGUACAAGCACAACAACUCACCAAUGUCAGAUCAAUUUCAACUACUCCAACAUUAUUAGCAAAACCACCAGCAGGUGCUGUUAAAGGUGGUAAGAAAGCAGUUGCAUUCACCCGUAAAUCGCAAAAGGUAAAUGCUGAAGAAAAGAAACCUAAGAAAUCAGGUAUGACUCAUUACGGUUUCAAAGAUGCAAUUAGAAAUUUAAAAUUAGAAUCAAAUGCCAGUGAAUUCCCAAAUGGGAUUGUACCAUUAACUGGUAAAGAAUUGAUUGAAUUAAGUAAUGGAAGUAAGAUUAAAUCAUAUCCUGAAGAAUUACAAUUAGGUUUGACGAUUAGUGGAUGUUUUAAGAAAUAUCAAUUUCAUGAAAUGUUCAAGACUCCAGUGUCUUUUAUUAGUUCAAAUUUAACGCAAUUGAAUUCAAAGUUUAUUGAAGAAUUAACUAAGAAACCUUCAAAAGACAAUAGAUUCAUUCUUACUGGUGCUAAAGGAUGUGGUAAGUCUACUUUAAUAACUCAAGCAAUUGUAGUAUCUAAAACCACCACCACCACCGCCGCCGAUUCCAGAAAGAUUGUUGUAUUACAUUUAGAUGAUGCUUCAUUGUUAAGAAAUGGUACUUCAGAUUAUAUCAAAAAUGAUAAAUUAAAUAAAUAUCAACAACCAAUGUUAACAAAAAGAUUUAUUAGAAAAAUUGUUCAAUUAAAUAAAGAUAUUUUCAAAACCUUGAAAUUAUCAAAAGAUAUUAUAAUUCCAACAAAAACUAAAGAUUUACAAUUAAAAGCAAAUGAAAAUACAUUAUAUGAAUACUUAACUCAAACUCAAGAAUUCGCCAGAGGGAACCCUACCAAUGCUUUCCAAUUCUUUAUUGAACAAUUACAAUUCCAUUCCCAACAAGAUAAGGGUAUUUCCGUCUUCACUGCAAUUGAUGAUAUUAAUUCAAUCAUCGAUUAUCCAGAAACUUUAUAUAAACAUCCAGAUUUCACCCCAAUCAUGGUUGAUGAAUUUGAAUUAGGGAAUUUUGUUCUUCAAACCAUAAGUGGAGAAUUAUCCUUCGCUAAAGGUGGUGUCUUAUUAGCUACUUCAUCAGCAUACAACCCGCAACAAACCUUGCAAGUCGCACUUGAUCCAACUAAAUUUAAUGCCUAUGAACAACCACCUAAAUUCUAUGUUGAUUAUGCUGAUAAAUUAUUAUUAAACAAUGGAGUUAAACAAUUACCAGUGGCUAAUUUUUCAUUUGAUGAAGCUGAAGAAUGGAUUAGAUUUUUGAAUUAUACUGGAAUUGUCGUUAAUCGUCCUGAUUAUAUUGCUAGAAAACCAAAGAAAUUAGAUGCUAGUGGUAAUGUUGUUAAAGAAGAAGAGGUUCUUGAUGUUGGAUUUGAUGAAGUAGAUCAAUUAGAUAAGAUUACUAGAAGAUUGUAUGUUGCUUCUCAAGGUAAUCCUUAUGAUAUAUUAAAAGCUUCAAUCUUAACUGUUGCCUAA